AUGGAGUCUGUCUCCUUGCUACUACUGCUGCUCUUCACAACUGUUUCAGGGAAAUCCCAUGUGCAUCGGAGGGGACUCUUGGAGCUGGCAGGAGCCAUCAACUGUGCUACAAGCCGUUCGUCACUGGCAUAUAUGAGCUAUGGCUGCUACUGUGGCAUUGGAGGAACUGGGUGGCCCCGGGACCGAGCUGACUGGUGCUGCCAAAAACAUGACUGCUGUUACAGCAAGGUUGAAAACGCUGGUUGUAGCCCAAAGAUGGAACGAUAUAACUGGGAAUGUUUAGACCAGAGGGUAGAAUGUGGUGCCAACCUGAACAAGUGCCAAGAAAUGAUGUGCAAAUGUGACAAGGAAAUUGCCCACUGCUUGGCCACAGCAGAAUAUAACUCAAAGUACAUUUUCUUCCUCCACGUGUUUUGUGGAGAUGAGAAGCCAAAAUGUGACUGA